AUGGAUGUGCUGCUGGUGUUAGCCCUUCAAGGUAGUCCAGACAAGAAGUACAACCAGGAGCAUCAAUACUAUCUUUAUUAUGGUGAACGACUGGGAGAGGAGACAGACCCUGGCAAGCGAGCAGCUGGAGCCCAUGCUCCCGCUCCUCAUAGGAAGGCCGAGGACUCCAGUGAGAGCCGGGAGGAUGAGCAGAUGGUAGAAGAUCAAGGUGUUCAUGGGUGGUUUUCUAAAAGGCACAGCCAUGACAGAACUGGAAGAUCCUCAAAGCCAAAUGUAACAAGCCGUGUUCUGCCAUGGAAUGAGCAGUAUAAAGGGAGAGCAAACCUGCAUGUAUUUGAAGACUGGUGUGGAGGAGCUGUGGGACAUCUAAGGAAGAAUCUGCAUUUUCCCCUAUAUCCUCAUACUCGUACAACAGUAAAAAAGUUGGCUGUGUCACCCAAGUGGAAAAAUUAUGGACUACGUAUUUUUGGCUACAUUCAUCCCUUCAAAGAUGGAGACUUUCAGUUUUCUGUAGCUUCGGAUGAUAAUUCUGAAUUUUGGCUCAGCUCUGAUGAGACUCCAGCCAAUAUACGUCUGGUGGCAUUUGUGGGCAAGGUACUGGGUAACAAAUGGGAGUCUGCACCCAAUUAUGGUUCCCCUUUCUCCUGUAACAUCUCAAAGCCAAUCCGCAUCCUUUCCUCCAGGCGCUACUACUUUGAGCUCCUCCAUAAGCAGGAUGACCGUGGAUCAGACCAUGUGGAAGUGGGUUGGCGAGUUUUCCUUCCCAGCUUCAAGUUUGAGGUCAUUGAUUCCCCCUACAUCUCACUCUAUACAGAUGAAACCAGCCUGAAAAUGAAUGAGGUAGAACAUGUGCCUCAGUCUCUUGCUAGCCAUGCUGACAGCUACCUCUGGGGUGCACAAAGGGAUGAGCACGGAGCUGAUAUGCUGAAGCCUGACCCUCGGGAUAUUUUCUUCCUCACUCCCCAGAUUGAGCCAUCCCAUGUGGAGAAUGUGCUGGUGCCCUGUGCUUACAGUCCCACAUAUGUGGUGAAGGACUUUCCUAUUGCCCGCUAUCAGGGCCUGCAAUUUGUCUACCUCUCUUUUGUUUAUCCCAAUGAUUUCACCCGGCUUACACACAUGGAGACAGAGAACAAAUGCUUCUACAGAGAGUCCCCAUUGUACCUAGAAAAAUUUGGCUUUUAUAAGUACAUGAAAAUGGAUGAAGAGGAGGAGGAUCUACACCAGAGAGCCUUUCUCUUCCUGAAUCCUGAUAAUUUCCUUGAUGAGGAGGAGGAAGGAGCUGAUAGUCCUGAACCUACUGACCCUUUUCCUGAUGUCAAGAGCCCCAGUGUGUUGGAUCCCCAUGUGUUCCCUGGAAUGAAGAGAAAAGAUAGGCCCUUAGCCACAAAGGAUUAUGGAAAUAACAUGAACUAUUAUAGCUUUCAUCAGAAGCAAAAGAGGUUUAAUGAAGAAGGAGACUUUACAAGGCAGCCUAUCCCCAUAGGCCCAAGCAGUAGGCCUAGCCUAAGUCCUCUGACUCCAUCUAAGGGCUUCCAGACCUAUGAGAAUGCAGCACCCUUUGGAGAACAUGUCAUUAUCAAUGGCCGGUCCCUCAACUGGGCGCAAGAUAUGGAGAAGGGAAGGAAGGAAGGUGAUCUGGGACUGCUGUCAUCUUCAAAGAGAGGCAGCUCUUUCAGCCUCCAGCCUCACCUUUCUGUGCCCUUCUUUGCUGGAAAGACCAAGCAGCAGACCCCUAAGGAUGAGAAACAAUCCAAGAAGGUGACUAGCAAACCUCCAGAGAAAGUGUAUGUGACCAGGCUGCAACCCAGUAAGAAGAAGGCCCCAUCACCGAAGGAUGUUUUCCCUGGAGUCUUCCUCUAUCCUAGGUCACCAAGGAAGGUGCGACUGAACUCCAGAAUCCCUCAGGGGCACCCUGCUCCCUCCAACAAACUCCACACUCUCUCUGCCCAUAGGACACCUUUGCUCAUAGGUAAUACCACCAGGGAAGCAGAUCUUUCUAAAAGGAAAGGCCUCCGAGCCAGCCGGAAAUGGGAACAAUUUUAUGGUAGGCAAGUCCCCAAAGGCAGGAUUAAGCGGCGGAUGCACCCAGGUGCCUCGAUCUUGCCUGCAGAAGGGCUGUUCAGCAAAGAAAACUUCGAAGUCACCCCUCCAGGAAGGACUAUGUUAGAUUUCAAUUCCUCAGAGAUGGUGCUAUCUGAAGGUGUGCAAGUGACAUCUUUCCUACAGAUGUCAGAAAUGACAGAAUCUCAGCAGAAGGAGCUUGAGGGCCCCGAGAAGGCCCAGGAGGAAGAGGUGGAAGAGGAAGUGUCUGAUUAUAGCUAUGAAAAUUCUGAGCUGCAGCAGAGUUGGCUAGAGGACUCCAUCAAUUGGCAAAGGACGUUCAGUGUCAGCCCUGUUGACUUUGAAUUGCUACGCUCAGACUGGAAUGAUCUGAGGUGCAAUGUUUCAGGAAAUUUGCAGCUGAGUGAGAGUGAAGUGGUGGAUGUGGUGGCUCAGUAUAUGGAGAAACUCAACGAGAAGAAUGGCGGCAUCUACACUCUCUUGCGGAUCAUUAAUGUUGAGAAGCGGCGAGACACAGCCCGUGGCAACCGCUAUCUGAUGGAGCUAGAGUUGAUGGAGAGGGGUCAGAGAACAGUCCGGCUCUCAGAGUACAUCUAUGUCCUGCUCCACCAGGGCAAGUCAGAGGACAGCACUGAAGUCAACCCUGAAGGGCCUGCAACUGUGUCCACUGAAUCUCAGCCACCACCUAGUGCCUGGAGUCUUUUGUAUGGAAAACCCAUCCUGUGCCGGCCUUUGCGGCUCAGCUGGAGGCAUGAUGUUAUGGUGCAUUUUGUCGUGCCAGUGAAGAACCAAGCACGCUGGGUACAGCAGUUUAUCUCAGAUAUGGCCAGCCUGUAUCUGAACACCAAGGAUGCCAACUUCAAUAUCAUCUUGGUGGAUUUCGAUAGCGAUGACAUGGAUGUGGAGAAAGCCCUUCAGGAAGCUCACCUGCCCAGGUACCAAUAUUUGAAACGUACAGGGAACUUUGAGCGCUCGGCAGGACUACAGGCUGGAGUGGAUGCCAUAGAGGAUGGCAGCAGUAUCGUAUUCCUCUGUGACCUGCACAUCCACUUCCCCCUCAACAUUCUGGACAGCAUCCGGAAACACUGUGUGGAGGGGAAGCUGGCCUAUGCGCCCAUUGUCAUGAGGCUGGGCUGUGGGAGCUCUCCACAAGAACCCAACGGCUACUGGGAAGUGAACGGCUUUGGCCUCUUUGGGAUCUAUAAGUCUGACUUUGAUCGUAUUGGGGGGAUGAACACAGAAGAAUUCCGGGACCGCUGGGGUGGGGAAGACUGGGAGCUCUUGGACAGGGUGCUUCAAAGUGGGUUAGAAGUAGAACGUUUGCGACUCAGGAACUUUUACCAUUACUACCAUUCCAAACGUGGCAUGUGGAAUUCACGCAGCAAGAAGACACCCAAAGACUAAGCACCAGCUCUGCCAUCAGCUGGACCCCUACUCCUGGUCUUUUUUAAGCAGGGACAAGGAAGCAGCAGCCACCUUGGCCCCACAGUAUGACCCAGCACAGUUUUUCUACUGCUACCGGUGGGCUUCUGGGUGCAGCAUCUGUCAGAGGCCUGACCAAGAACACUUGGAGUGGAGGUUUUCUACAGAACUACUAUUUAAAGCAAACCAUGUUUACUUUGGGAUUUUUUGUGACUUUUCUUAAGGGGUCUAAUUUCUUAGUCAGCAAUUACAUUUAUUAACUCAGUAGUGCUGAAAGGCAAAGAUUACUGCUAAUAGGAGAGUGAGGUAAGCCCACCAGUAUUACUGCCAACCAGGAACGAGCUGGUGCAGCUUCUCAAAGCUCAUGUAACUGCCAGGAAAAGUUUAUGACUGUUCUGUGGCUUAUUUGCCCUUGUUUUAACUCCUAGAGUGAGCAGGGAAGGGGGAAAUCUUCAAUAGAUCACAAACUGUUCGUGCUUGAUGUGUCUAGGCCACGGCACACUUUCAUGCCAAUAGGAGAACCUGAAGAGAAUUGAAAGGAUUUCAAAGGGACAUGAAAAGACUUGCAUCAGGGGAGAGGUGUUCCAGUCUUUCUGGUCCAAUUUGGGGGUUUUGUUCCCUGCUAGCUCUGCUGCUUUUGCUGCUCCAGCCCCACAGUUACACUGUGCCUCACGCAUACAAUAGAAUUAUAAAUAGCCACCCCCGAUCCUGGGGAGGAGGUGGAGCAAAUGCAUUCCCUUGCACUUUUCCUCCACUGGGAGACACCCAACAGACUCCCAGCAGGAGGAUACCUUCCAGUUAGAAAGAUAUAGAGGAUGUGGAAUUGGCAAAGGAAUGGGAAGCAGAAAGAGUAGCUGAUUCCCUCUUCUUUCACAACAUAGUUGCAUCCUCUUUAUUUUUCUUUCUUCAUCUGUUGCUUGGUAUGGAGCAAGACUGGCUGCCUACAAGCAUGAGAGACAGAAUAUGUUUAGUAUAAAUGUUAGCAGAGAAGCAAAGGUUAAACAGAAAUCCUGGGAACAUAGGAAUUCUGGGUUGUGAUGGGCUUACAAUAGGAGUCACUGCCCAUAUUUCCCCACUCAGUGCCAUGUUAAUGGAGCACCCAACACAAUAAAAAAAACCCACAUCCUUUUAUUUGAGAGAGACAGAACCUAAGAAUGCAGAGUAGGGGCUGAAUGAAUGGACUUGGUAGGAGGCGUCUGACCAUGUUCCCCCCCGCCCCCCACAAUUACUAUUUUUGGAGCAAUCUUCUCUCUUUAUAUACAAAUGCAUCAAGUAUGGAAGGUGAAUGAGGUUUCAUUACUCUCCGGUUUCAUCUUUGGUCUGCUGUGGUGGGAGUAUCAAAACAGGAAUGGAGAGAAGGGCAAAACAAUAUUUCCAAGAUAAUUUCUGUGAAAUUAUGAGGUAGAAAG